AUGGUAUUGUAUGAUUAUCCUCUGAUUACCUCCCGGCAGGACGACAUCGUUAUGGGGGCUCUGACAGUUCGGGAAAAUAUUGCCUUUUCUGCAGCCCUACGCUUGUCCGCUGAUAUUGACGCCAAAACGAAGCACGCUCGGGUCAACCAAGUACUGGCUGAGCUCGGCUUGAAUGCAGUCGCAGAUGUAAAGGUGAUGCUAAUGUUGAAAACUCGCAUGCAUUACUCAUAUAGGGUUUACUGGUCUUCUGUAUUUUUCGAAUUAAGUAUUGUUUUCGUGACUACCAGUAAAUCAGUAAUAUGA